UCUACAGACUUCAGGUUUUGGUAUAUAAAAUAAGAUGACAAAGAUACAUGUGUGUCAUAAAUAGAUCCAAAUGUAUUCUAUUUAGAGAGCUGUAUUGAUAAUGAAAGAUGAAAAUACAUCGACUUACAACAAAACAACUAGAAAACAUAGACUUACUUUCAAAAUGUUUAAUUCUGGAAUCUCACAUAUGCGCAUGCGUACAUUGUGGUUUGGUUCCGGUUUAUCGAGGUCAGAUUUUUGAGACUUAAAAGUAAUCGUUUCCGAAAUAUAAUGUAUUCAUCCUCUGUCGAUAUUUGACUCAACAUCAUAAAUAUGUUCAAUGAUAUAUAAAAUUAAUUCAAAAAAUUUAUAAAUCAGUAAAACAGUGUAGCCGAAAAUUAAUAUCAUAUACAUAUUGUUUUCUGUAAGCCAUUCUACCCUGUCGUUUCCCAAAUCCAAUUGUUUGCAGCGCCAUGACAAUUACUUCAACAAAUGAGCUCAAAAUGAAUUUUGAUCAGGUGAAACGUUAAAUUAGUUAAAUCUGGGGCCACCUUAACAAAAUGCGGAGCGCCAGGCGGAUGGUGGACCCUAACCGAGGCCCCUGGAAGCUGGAAUACAAUGGGCAAACAGAGUAAAAUAUGAUAUAAGAAAAUUAGAAAUGGUUAGAACGCGAUAUUAUGGCGAUGAUCCAGUCACUUUAAGAUGUCAAAAACUUCGUGAUAAUCAUUGGAAAAGUUUAGUAGGACUUAUUCCUGGUCCCCAGAACACAACAUUUGACGGAACUCUCAGAGUUCAACCCAGAGAUCUUUCACAUUACCACCCCUCAGUGGAGGAAAUACAACAAGAAAACAAUUUCCGAUAUCGAGGCUUCCCUGAGGAACAUUUUGUUGGAACAAAGCACCCAUUAUCAAAAUCAUUACCCAAUGAUUUGCAUAAAAACUUUGCUAAGAAACAUGUUUUUGAUGUAAACAAGCCUACAAUAGAUACUGGGCACAAGGGAAUUCUGUAUGGUACUGACAUAAACUCACCCAGACCUCCCACUACAGAACCAAGACCCAUCAGAAACCCAUUACAAGAGAAAAAUUCUGCAGAGUUGAGGAAAGCACGGAAGGAAAUGGCUGCAGCAGAGGUUGAUAUCAUGCAAUAUAAGCAAGAAAAACUGCUAAAACAGCAGCAAAUGGUAGCUGAGAGAAAAAAGGACCUAGCCAUGCUUCAGAACUACAACCCCUGGGGAAAGCCUGGUCAUGGGGCUCCCAAAGGUAGCAAUAUUGAUCUGAACAAGAAAACUAGAAUGCUGGAAUCCGACGAAGCAAGUAAUAGUGGACAUAGUGAUUUCCAUGAUAACUUUGGCAAACCAGGCAAUGGUGCUCCCCAGAGAACAAAGUCUGGCAGGUUGAAGACAGAGAUACCUGGAGAUCCAACUAUUCGGUUUAUGGAUACACAGAAAGGUCGGGCUACCAUAGAAGAACGAGUGCGCUACAUCAAAGGUCCUGAACAGAGAGAACAGUAUCACAAAGACUUAGACCAUCAAAUUCAGGAGAAGGCUUAUAAAGAACAGGAGGAGAAACUGAAUGAUCUCCGCACAGAGCUUAUGAUGUUAAAGGAAGACCCCUAUGGUAAACCUGGAGCUGGUGCCCCAAACAGAUACCCCUCUGAUCCACGUUUAACAAAGAGUUUGGAGCUGUCAGAUACUCGGUUACAGGGUGGGAUGUUUGACCCAUGGGGUAAGGGAGCUGGCCAGCCCCAGAGGGAAACAGAUGGUUAUUUGAAGACCCACAAGAACACCAAUAGAGACUUGGGCCCUGUAGAAUUUUACGAUCCAAAUAUCAAGGAUGUGUCUCUAGCUCUACACAGACAGGGGGGCCAUGGUGGAUCGGGGGCCCCUGUGAAGACAGACAGCGGAACUGUCAACACAAAGUUCAAGUCAUCACUAAUGAGAGAUGAAUAUGGAAAGGUAGAAAUUAGUGAUCAGGCGUCACCACGACUACGAAAACAUCACAAAUAUGCUGAUGAAACAUUUACUCCUUAUGACCCCUUUGGCAAAUCAGGUGCAGGAGCUCCAUUAAAGGACACAGAGGGACAUGUGCAACCAAACGUUUAUGGGAAUCUCAAGAAGAUCACAGGUGAGGCAGGGUCGGCUGAUGGCAAGAAGAAGCAGCUGGCAGCCAGCAUAUACCUUACUGAAUUACAGAAGGAGAUGGCUGAGCAGAAGCAACAUAAACAGGAUUGGAAGAAUUACGAUCAAGCCCCAAUUGGAGAUAUAACUUCAGUGAUGAAGGACAAAAAGGUUGGUAAUCCCCUAAGAGAUCCUAACACUGGAUUCCUCCUGGACCAGCACUUGCCUCACUCAGAUAUCACCAGGAUGGCUGCCAACUACAGGCCUCAGAAGACUGAAGACACACCUACUUAUCAUAAUGAGCUACAACAGGCAGCUGAGGACAGAUAUAGACAGAGGGUGGUAGAGAAGAUAAAGGAUAAAGCAGAUUCACAAAAGCACCAGGAAGCAUUCUCAGAUUACUGGGGGAGAGCAGGUGGUGGGGCACCCACAGCUGAGAACAAAAAAGUCAACUUAGAAGAUGCUCUUUUCAACCCAAGACGAGAGGACGAGGCUCCACAUUGGGAAACUAAUAAAGAUUUCUCACGAUAUGAACCUUGGCAACAGGCAGAGUCAUAUAGGAAGAUGUAUGAUGAUGGUCAUAUAAAUGGUCCACAUGGCAACUAUAUACGCAGUACAUUGAACAGCAAGCAUGACAACAACUUUGAACUAGAGGUGUCACGGCAACGGCAAGCUAAGAGAGACUAUAACAUGAUUGUACCAUAUGCAACAGUGGAGAAAUAAGGAAAACAUUUAAAAAAUUAUAAAAAUGAAGUACAUUGAAGAUCGACAAUCACCAUUGCUUCCAUCCCAGUCACAUGAAAUGUAGCCACAACCACAUAAUCAGUUUACAACUUGCCCCUCAGAGAUGAUAUAUUCAAUAUACAAAAGAGUGUCAUAAGCAGCCUGUUAGUGGUGUAGAAAAACAAUACAAACAUUAACUUCCCCCUCAUCUUUGAUAUCAGGAAUGUAAACGAAGUACAUGAAUAUAAAUCAGUGUCAUUUUCCCCAAAGGUGGCAUAAGUUAGAAUCUCUGGUCAUUAUAUUCUAUGCAAAUAUUUUGAUAUUUAUAAAAACUACCUGAUAUGCAAAUGUACAAUCAAGUCCAGUGUCACAAAAAUAGAUUUUAGGAGCCAUAUUAUUAGAACCAGAACACAUGAGCUGGAUAGAUACAAAGCCCAUCACAGGAAGUAGGCUUACUUGACAUGAGGGCGUCAUGGAAAAAUAAUUUGUUAAAAGGUGCAAUAAGAUGUGAUGUGUAUGUAGUGUUAAAUGUUAGGCAUAUCACUUUAUGUCACCACCACAAGUGAUGACAUAUUUUGGAUGGUGUUUGGAGUUUGGCAUUUGGUGGUUGGCAACAAAUGGCAGGUGGUGACAUU